AUGGGUGUUCCAGCUCUGUUCCGAUGGCUCUCCAACAAAUACCCGAAGAUCAUCUCGUCGGUGAUCGAGGAGCGCCCCUACGAAGUCAACGGCGAAGAAGUUCCCGUGGAUACAACGCGCCCCAACCCCAACGGAGAGGAGAUGGAUAAUCUGUACCUGGACAUGAAUGGUAUUGUCCAUCCGUGUACCCAUCCCGAGGGAAAGCCUCCGCCAGUCAACGAGCAGGAAAUGAUGCUGGAGAUCUUCAAAUAUACCGACCGCGUGGUGAAUAUGGUGCGCCCGAGGAAGCUCCUGAUGAUCGCUGUUGACGGUGUCGCACCACGUGCAAAGAUGAACCAGCAGCGCGCCCGUCGUUUCCGCUCUGCGCAGGAGGCGAAGGAAGCCGACGAGAAGAAGGAGGAGUUUCGUAAACUCCAAGCGAAGCAGAAUGGCAACAAGGCGGACCAGGAUCUCCAGGAAGAGGUGAUCCAAAAGACGUGGGAUAGCAACGUUAUCACGCCAGGAACACCAUUCAUGGACAUUCUCGCUGCGUCUUUGCGUUACUGGAUUGCCUACAAGCUCAAUACCGACCCAGCUUGGGAGAAGCUGAAAAUCAUCAUCUCCGAUGCGACCGUCCCUGGAGAAGGAGAACACAAGAUUAUGGAAUUUGUUCGUUCUCAGCGGGCAGAUCCCGAGCAUGACCCCAAUACCCGUCACGUUAUUUAUGGAUUGGACGCUGACCUGAUCAUGUUGGGUCUUGCGACACAUGAGCCCUAUUUCCGGGUUUUGCGAGAAGACGUCUUCUUCCAAGAGUCCAAGGCCCGCACCUGUCAUCUCUGUGGCCAAGUCGGACACAAGGCCGAAGAAUGUAGAGGUCGGGCGAAGGAGAAGAGUGGAGAAUUCGAUGAGAAGCAGAAUGGGACGUCGCUGAAGCCAUUCAUCUGGCUGAAUGUCUCUAUUCUCCGCGAGUAUCUGGCCGUCGAGCUGCACGUGCCAAACCAGCCCUUCCCCUUCGACCUCGAGCGGGCGUUGGAUGAUUGGGUCUUCAUGUGCUUCUUCGUGGGGAAUGACUUCCUUCCGCACUUGCCAUCAUUAGACAUUCGUGAGAAUGGUAUUGAUACUCUGAUAGCUAUCUGGCGCGAUAACAUUCCUGUCAUGGGCGGCUACUUGACCAAGGACGGCCACGUGGAUUUCAAAAAGGCCCAGCUUAUUUUGCAGGGUCUUGCCAAGCAAGAAGACGCAAUCUUCCGCCGUCGUAGACAAGUUGAAGAGAGGAAAGCCGCAAACGAGAAGAGGCGCAAGCAGGAGGCGCAAGAUCGAGAGGAACGCUCCAAACGGCAGAGACGUGGCUCGCCAUCUUAUGAUGCGUAUGAGCCUCCCGCCAACAACCGAUCGCGUGGCGGUGGAAGCGGUGGUCCGGCGCCACCCAGUGGACUCGAGCUGAUUACCCCUGCCCGGGGUGAACUGUCGCGCCAGACGAGAGAGCUCACCCAGAGCAUGGUUGUCAACCGAGGAGCGGUCUACCGAGCAAACAUGGCCAACAAGAGUGCCGCCGCUGUUCUGAAAAGCAAGCUGAUGAAAGGCUCCCAGGAGGAUACCUCCGAGGACGUGGAAGAGCCCUCUACGGAUGAGCCGGCCGAGCAGACGUCUCCAUCCGUCCUCGGUAAACGAAAGGCCGAUGAACCCAAUGGUGGAGAGGAAACUCCCGGUAGCGAGACGCCUAAGCCGAACAAAGAUGACGAGAUGCCGCCCGACACAGUUCGCCUGUGGGAAGAAGGCUACGCGGACCGCUAUUACGAGCAGAAAUUUGGCGUUGACCCCGAGGACAAGGAAUUCCGGCACAAGGUUGCGCGGGCCUACGCGGAGGGUCUUGCCUGGGUGCUGCUGUAUUAUUUUCAGGGGUGUCCGUCAUGGACUUGGUACUAUCCUUACCAUUAUGCGCCCUUUGCGGCCGACUUUGUGGACAUUGCCGACAUGAUCCCGUCCUUUGAGAAAGGAACGCCGUUCAAGCCGUUCGAGCAGUUGAUGGGCGUUCUUCCGGCGUCGUCCAACCAUGCCAUUCCGGAGGUCUUCCACGACCUCAUGAAGGAUCCCGACAGCGAGAUCAUCGAUUUUUACCCCGAAGAUUUUGCCGUGGACCUGAACGGGAAGAAAUUCGCCUGGCAAGGAGUUGUUCUGCUCCCAUUUAUAGACGAGAAACGACUUCUGAACGCCAUGGAGAAGAAGUAUCCGUUACUCUCGGACGAGGAGAGACUCCGUAACUGUGUGGGACGGGAUGUGUUAUUGAUCUCCGACAGACACCCGCUCUACCAGGACCUGGUGGGCAAUUUCUAUUCCAAGAAGCAAGGUGCUCCCAAGUACAAGCUGAACAUGCGCGUGAGUGAAGGAUUGGCGGGUAAGGUUGAAAAGGACGAGUCCUACAUCCCCCACAGCUCGCUGGUGUCGUCGCUGGAAGAAUACGGCAUGCCCACUUUGGAGGAAGAUCGGUCUUUGACGGUCAAUUACGAGAUCCCCAAAUCGUCCCAUAUCCACAAGUCGAUGUUGCUCCGGGGAGUCAAAUUCCCUCCCCCUGCCCUGGACCAAGGCGACAUCCAAGCCGUGAAGUCGAAGGCGAAUCACUCGGGCCGCUCCUUUGGAGGAGCCCCAUUCCGAAACAAUGGGAACCGCGGUGGACGAAUCAACUAUGCUCCCGACCGACCGAACCCCUUUGCGGCGCAUCUCGAUCCGAACUUUGUGCCUGGAGCUAAUGCCGCUGCUGGGGCCCCUCCCAUGAUGCCGGCUGGCUGGGCUCCUCCGGCAUCAGGCUCCACAGGGUACUCCCGAGGACCACCGCCUCCUCCACGUGGUGGAAGCCGAGGAGGAGGAGGAUAUCCUCCUCGCGGAGGCUAUGGCGGUGGUGGAGACUACUAUGGACGGAGUCAGGGAUCUUAUUAUGGCGGUGGUGGUAACCCCGGCAAUCAAUAUGGAUAUCGGCCAAACCCACCCGGACGAGGAGGACAAGACUAUCGCGGUGGAGGGUAUCAGCGAGGAGGAUAUUCCAACCGGGACCACUAUUCCUCGAGGAACUCGGGUGGAUAUGGUCGGUACUAA